AAUCAGGGUGGAGUUGUCAGUUACAUUACUUGCAGGCAGCUUCUCUUCCGUCUGUGUCUUGUCUGUGUUUGUGAUUCUCUUGCCUUCUCCUGUCGGCAAAGGAUGAAUUGAACCCUCCACCUUCGUCUCCCGAAUCUCUCCCACCUCCCAGCUUCCUUCUUAUAGGUGAUUUAACCGGAGAGAGCGUCCGGCGUUUGCUGUUCAGCCAUGGCGACAGCGGCGGAGAAGGAGAAGAAGAAGGAGGUGAUUCGGCUGGAGCCCGAGUCCGUGAUUCCAGUCCUGAAGCCGAAGAUCAUCAUGACCCUGGCCAAUCUCAUAGAGCGCAGCACUGACCGCGCCGAGUUUCUGAAGCUGUGCAAGAGAAUCGAGUACACCAUUCGAGCUUGGUAUCUUCUGCAGUUUGAAGAUUUGAUGCAAUUGUACUCCCUUUUUGACCCUCAACAUGGGGCACAGAAGUUGGAGCAGCAGAAACUCUCUCCUGAAGAAAUCGACGUGCUCGAACAAAAUUUUCUCACUUACUUGUUUCAGGUUAUGGAGAAGAGCAAUUUCAAAAUUACUACUGAUGAUGAGACCGAUGUUGCACUUUCAGGCCAAUAUCUCUUGAACCUUCCUAUAUCUGUAGAUGAAUCGAAGUUGGACAAGAAGCUCCUAAAAAGAUACUUUGAAGAACAUCCUCAUGAGAACCUUCCAGAUUUUUCAGAUAAGUACGUUAUCUUCCGGCGUGGCAUUGGCAUUGAUCGGACAACUGACUACUUCUUUAUGGAGAAAGUGGACAUGAUUAUUACACGUCUAUGGGCGUAUCUGCUUAGAAUUACCAGAAUCAACAAAAUUUUGUCUAGGAGGUCAAGAAGACGGCCUAAGAAGGAUCCCAAGAAGACUGAUGAGAUCAUACCUGAAGAAGAUCAAGAUGACCUUUGUGUUGAACGCAUCCGUAUUGAAAAUAUGGAACUAAGUUUUCGCAAUCUAAUGAGUAAGAUCACGAUCCAGGAACCCACUUUCGACAGAAUAAUUGUAGUUUACAGGCAAGCUGGUACAAAAUCAAAAACAGAACGAGGAAUUUUUGUGAAGCAUUUUAGGAACAUUCCAAUGGCCGACAUGGAAAUUGUUCUUCCUGAAAAAAAAAAUCCUGGAUUAACCCCAAUGGACUGGGUGAAGUUUCUGGGCUCCGCAGUAGUUGGGCUGGUUGCUGUAUUUAGUUCUGUUGAAAUGCCUAAAGCAGAUCUUUGGGUUAUUUUCGCUGUCCUUUCUACAGUGAUUGGUUACUGUGCUAAGACAUACUUCACGUUCCAGGCAAACUUGGCUGCAUAUCAGAACUUAAUUACCCAGUCCAUGUAUGACAAACAAUUGGAUAGUGGAAAGGGGACUCUCCUACACUUGUGUGACGACGUGAUUCAACAGGAAGUUAAAGAGGUCAUAAUAUCAUACUUCAUACUGAUGGAGCAGGGCAAAGCUACUAGACAGGAUUUGGACGUGCGGUGUGAGGAACUUAUUAAAGAAGAGUUUGGUGAGAGCUGUAACUUUGACGUGGAUGAUGCAGUUCAAAAACUGGAGAAACUAGGCAUCGUCUCUCGGGACACUAUUGGAAGAUAUUUCUGUGUCAGCCUUAAGCACGCCAACGACAUCAUUGGCACGACGACAGAAGAGCUUGUCCUCAAGGCAAGACAGAGUGGUGCUGUUGCUGCUACUUGAUCUGAUGUUAGGAGGUGCCCUCAAAUGUCCGUGGAUAGUCAUCCUGCUGAUAAGAAGGCCUCUGACGUGCCGGAGAUGUAACUAGACAUUCUCUCUUUCCCUUCAUUUGUUCUUCAAUUUGGGGUUUCCACUUGUUCUUUCUGAUCAUGUAAUUAUGAUUGGAUGAUUGUUGAGUGUUAGUUUGUCGUUCUUUGUUCGGUAAAUUCAGUAGUGUCCUGUUAGAAUUAAGUUUGUGGUCAGUAAUAAUAAAUUGAUGUACAGGACUAUCCUUUGCCAAUCCCUUUUA